UCAUUUGUUCUGUAUCUGUGGGUAACUAGAACUGAGUGACAUGAAGUAAUGUUCAGCGAAAUUUGGAUAGUAGUGCACUGUGCAGUGCUGGCUACUGUGAUACUUGAUUUCAGCUCAAGGUAUUGUGUUAUGCUGUAGACUUGCAGAGGAGUGCUUAUACAGAUGUAAAGAUAGGCUGAACAUGGAAAACCUAAGGCAAAGAAAAGGAGCUAAGAUAGCAGACGGCACUACAAAAUGCCUGUCGAAUGAAGUCCAGAAGGAACAGAAGGGGAAAGUGCCAGCUAGUAAGACUUCAGCAGAAUUGGUACUCGGCCACUUCUCAUGGAACAUACUGUCAAAUACAUUGGGCGGAAGCCUUGCUGUUUCUUUUGGACUUCUUACUUCAGUGUAUGUUGCCACUCUACAUGAAAAUGAUCUUUGGUUUUCCAACAUUAAGGAGGUAGAGAGAGAAAUUUCCUUUCGAACAGAAUGUGGACUAUACUACUCUUACUACAAACAGAUGGUUCAGGCUCCAUCCAUCCAACAAGGUCUGUAUGAAUUGAUGUAUGACAACAAAACUGAAUCCAGAACUACAAUUAACAUCCUUAGACGAAUGAAUGUAUACCAAGAAGUGAUUGUCAGUAUUCUGUAUAGGAUCCUUCCUGUUCAGAAAUAUCUUGAGGCCAUCUACUUCUACACAUAUACUGUCUUUGGACUGCAGACAUUAUAUGUGUUUGCCCUGUUUGUGAACAGCUGGCUACUCAGUGGGACGUGGCUUUCUGGAGUGCUUGCUGCUACUUGGUACAUUCUGAACAGAAUAGAUACUACAAGAGUUGAGUUUACCAUCCCUUUGAGAGAAAACUGGUCUCUUCCAUUUUUUGCUCUGCAAGUUACACUGGUCACAUACUUUCUCAAACCUCAAAAAAAGCCUUAUGCACUGAGGUCAACCACUGUACUGGUAUUUCUUUCAACUUUUGUCUUCAGUGUCACUUGGCAGUUUAAUCAGUUCAUACUUCUGGUCCAAGCUCUAGCUCUGUUUGGCUUGGACAGCCUCGAUAUGGUACCUUCCUCCAAGGUGACAUUGCUGUAUAUGAUACAGGUUGCAAGUUUACUGUUAGUCUGGGUUCUACAGUUCUUCAAUUCUAUGAUUCUUGGAUCUUUGGUUCUCAGCUUUAUACUGGCUGCCAUGCUCACAAAGCACUUACAGAGAAACUUGAAAGUUGGCAGCUUAACUGUCCGGAUGGGAAAGCUACUUCUCAAUUUAAUUCUUGUACUGUGCUUAACAUACCUGCUAAACUAUUUUAUUAAGAAACAACUACUUUUGGAAUCAGAUGAACACAUAUUUAAGUUUAUAAAAGCAAAGUCUGGAUUUGGAGCAACAAGGGAUUUUGAUGCCAGUCUAUAUGUCUGUGAAGAGGCAUUUGGCUUUCUUCCCUUUGACACUUUUAAGAGACUUUCGCAUACGCUGCUACUAUUUCCUUAUGCCCUUAUUGUCUUCUUUCUGGCGAUAGUUGCUGUAGUUGUUGCUUAUAAUAAUAUAAGUGGUCUUUCUAAGUCAUUGAGCGCUGUAGAGGAAGAAGAGAGCACAGCAUCCUUAAGACCAGAAAUUGCCUAUAAUCUAGUGCACACUAUUUUGUUUGGUCUCUUGGCUAUAACUACAAUGAGAAUGAAGUACCUAUGGAUUCCACAUAUGUGUGUGGUUGCAUCAUUUGGUGUUUGCUCCAAACAGUUAUGGAGAUGGUUGCUGGGGUUAUUUCAUCUUUAUUCACCUCAAAGGGUUUCUGCAGUUAGACACGUGGUCCCAGUUCUGCUGCUGUUAUACCUCUCCUUUAAGUUGUAUCCAUUGGUAAUGGAAGAACUUUCAGAACUGAGAGAAUUUUAUGACCCUGACACUGUAGAUCUGAUGAACUGGAUCAGGUCAAGCACUCCCAAAAAUGCUGUUUUUGCUGGCAGCAUGCAACUGCUCGCUGGAGUCAAGUUAUGUACUGGGAGAACUGUAACCAAUCACCCACAUUAUGAGGACAAAGCUCUGAGAGAGAGAACUAAACAGGUAUACCAAAUUUAUGCUAAGCAACCUCCCGAAAAUGUUCACAGCAUUCUUCGGACAUUUGGUGCAGACUACGUGAUUCUUGAAGACAGUAUAUGCUAUGAAAGAAGACAUAACCGAGGCUGUCGUUUGCGAGAUCUGCUUGAUGUAACAAAUGGCCAUGUUAUGGAUGGUCCUGGACUUGAUGACCCUGAUUUGGUACCAUCUGCUCAUCCUCGCUUUUGUGAUGCUAUAAGAAAAGAUGAACCGCCUUACACUUCUUUCUUCUCCAGAGUGUUUAAAAACAAAACAUUCCAUGUUUAUAAACUGAAAAAGCAGGAGAAAUAAGUCAAGAGAUAAUAAAGCAAUGUGCAUCUGCCAGAGAAACUUGUAAUACUUGAGAAAGUUGGAUAUGGCACUUUAAUCCCUGUUUUAGUUGGUUACUGUCAGUAGCAGCAGAUACCUAGUUCUGAAACUGCAGUUUCACCUUAGGGAUGAUUUUGGUUUUCUGCCUUUUAUUAGCAAAAGCUGGUUUCCUUCAUCUUUGCAGCUGAUGGGCAAGCCUGCAGUCCAUAUAUGUUUGAUUUGGCAUUAAAGUGUAUUGUUCCUGUUAGCAAACAGCAGAGGUUGAGUAUGUAGUGCAGCAGUAUGAGUACUGAGUAAAUGGCAGAGGUUGAGUACUUAACACGAUGGUAUGAGUACUGAGAAAAUAGCAGAGGUAGAGUACUUAGCAAAGUGAGUAUUAGCAACGCUAUAAAUCCAGUAAUGUAAUACCUUUUUCUCAAGCGCUAAUAAAAUAAACUGCUUUCUUCCUGCCUUCUUAAUAUAAAAUUUAAAAAAAAAUUGUAAUUUUGUAGCAGGGUUAUGGCAGCUGGCCUGUUCCACCUUUUAUCCUGAGUACUCCGUAGCAUAUAGAUUCCCAGAUAUGAGGAUGAGCUUCGACUUUUGGAAAUGAACCUAUAUAAUAGACAUCUACUUAUAGAACAAACGGUUUGUUGUAGACAGAUACUAUCGACUCUACUGUGUUCUUUUUAUAUUUGAAGAUGGAGCUUAUAGUUGCAACUAACAACUCAUUUUCAGAUUUACAAAGUCUUCAAAAACCUGUUUAUAGAAUAUUGUUUUCUUGUAGCUUUUUUUCUUCCAUAAGUUUCAGCUGUUUUCAUAUGGCCUAAAAUUGAUCCAAAGAGCUGGUAUCUGUUGCAUUGCGUUAUGGCUACAGAGAAAUAAGUGUUUUGGAAGGUAAUACUAAAUGAUCAUUUAACUCAUUAAGCAGCAGAGUAUGUCAGUGUGAGUUUACAACUGCCUAUUGUGUUUUUUGGGUUUUUUGCAUGUAGUCUGCUCUUUUGACUGUAGUGUCCUAAGGUUGUUUACCCACAGUUCUGUAUUGUGAACUUUUUUUUUAUAUUUUUUUAAAUAAAAUUGAUAGUUUAAGAUGCA